UAUCCAGGAUGGUGCUGGGUCACAAUGUAUAUCAAGGACAGAGAACGCAGGAUGUGAAAAUAGCUCAGGACAUAACAUUCGAAACAAUGCUUUUGAGUAACACUACUUUGGAAGGUUUAAAAAACUCCGGUUUUCAUAAGCCUUCUCCAAUUCAGUUGCAUGGCAUACCUUUAGGGAAAUGUGGAUUUGAUUUAUUAUUAGAAGCUAAAUCAGGAACAGGAAAAACUGCUGUAUUUACAGUAAUAGCUCUGGAAAAAAUAAAUGUAAAUAAUGGGCUGCAAGCAGUAAUUCUGGCACCAACUAGAGAAAUAGCUGCCCAAAUUUGUGAUGUGAUUAAGCAAAUUGGAGGACAAUACACAGGUCUCACAAUUGAAGUUGUUAUGGGUGGCCUACCAGUGAAGGAAGACAUCACGAAAUUCAAAAAGAAAGUUCACAUAGUAGUUGGCAGCCCCGGAAGACUGCAUCACCUCAUCAGAGAUAACCACAUUAAUGUAUCCACAGUCAGACUUUUAGUUUUGGAUGAAGCAGACAAACUAAUGGAAAAAAGUUUCAGGGCAGACAUUGAAUAUAUAUUUUCUGCUUUACCACUACAGAAGCAAAUUAUUUUCAGCAGUGCUACAUUCCCAGAAGAGUCUAAAGCUUUCAUUAAUGAAUACGUCCAGGUUUCUCAGCAUGUUUGCCCAGACAGUAAUAGUGUCCUAUUGGGAAUUUCACAGAAAGUGACCGCAGUCAAACAUAAUUCAAAUAUUAUUAAACAAACACAACAUAGAUUUGAAGAACUCCAUAACAUACUAUCAAAGCGAGAGUUUAAACAAUGUCUGAUCUUCUGCAACUACCAAGCUAGAGUAACAGAUGUAUACAAAAUGUUGAAGAAGGCCAAGUGGCCUGCAGAGAAGCUGUAUGGCCAACAGGAGCAGUUGGACCGUUUAGAAGCAUUAAAAACUUUACAGGAAUAUAAAUGCAGGAUACUGAUAGCAACAGAUCUAGCAGCCAGGGGCCUCGACUCUUCUCAUGUAGACCUAGUUGUUAACUUUGAGAUGCCUCAUGAUUGGCAGACAUACUUACACAGGAUAGGCAGAGCUGGGAGAUUUGGAGCUUAUGGUGUAGCUGUCACUAUUAUCAGUCACCAAGAGGAAACAAAAUUCAAAGAGUUAUUGAAAUCUAUGCAUUUCCAAUUAGACAUAAGGAACUUUUGGAAUGAUGAAGAGUUUAAAUAUAAUGAAGAUGAUUCUAAGACACCCAUAUUCAUACCGUUAGAACACACCAUGAGCUUGUUGAACAUAGAUGAUGAUGAAACACCCCAUAAGGAAAUAUGUGAAAUAUGGAAUACAUUAGUAGGUGAAACAACAUGUAAUGAUAAUGCCAUAGAAACAUUUGAUAUGCUAUGCUCAUCAUUCUUGGAAACAAAAGAUACAAUUUCAACAUUUACAGACUUGUUAGAUUCCUUUCAAAAUAAUGAAGAAGAAUGUAUUGAAGAUACCAACAAAUACCAAUGUCUUGCUGAGAAAAUCUCAAUAGCAAAAUAUAAACAACAUAGAAAACAAAAUAGCUGUCUUCAAGACAAUCAUGUAAAGACAGAAUUGGAAUUUGAGGCAACUUCUUCAGAAGAAAUCACUCAAGAUUAUAAUGAACCUAAAUCGGAAAUAACUAGAAGGUUAUCAAAUGGCACAAAUAAUAGAAACAAAAAAUUAGAAAACUCACAAAGAAAAUCAUACCCAAAACGUGUAUAUUCAGAAGAAAUACAAUUCGAAAGCUCACAAAGUAAAACAUGCCCCAAAAGUGAUAGAUAUGUACCUUCAAGACAGAAUUCACAUAGAAAAUCUUAUACCAAAAAUGAACAAUAUGUUUCUUCUGAAGAAAGUGAUGACAAUGGAUAUAAUACAGCAUCAUAUGAUUUAAAAAAAUCUCAAUGUAACUCUGCAAAUAUUCAAUACAAUACACAUUACACUAGAAAUAACAAACCAAGAAGACACAAUGAACAUCUAUAUCAACUUACUGAUGAGUAUGUCCAAUGGUACAACACAUUAAAAUUAAGAACCCAGCAAAUUGAAAUGGCUGUAUAUCUAAAUGAAAUGUCGCAAUUGUAAGUUAUUACGAAACCUACCAAGAUCUAAUUUUAUAAGUAAAACAAUU